GACGAUUCGACCUAUUCGAAGGAUACCCUCACCCAGGUGAGUCCAUUGCUUUUCUAAAGGGCUUUCCCUGUCCUCCUUUUUCGCUUCCUCAUCCUGUUUCUUUCUUGUUCUUCUUUACCCUCGCCUCACUUUUGUAAUCUGUCAAGUUCCCUUCCCAGCUUCAUUAACGCUACUUCAUCGUCUGCCUCUUCCCAUUGAUUCUUCCCAAUCGAUUUUUCUGGCCCCCAUUCUCUGGAGACAUACCUUCUCACAAUCACCUACAGAAGGCGACACACGAUUGUCGGCAACAUGGCCGGUAGAGCGGGCAUGAAACGUGAUGCUAAUCAUUUGACGACACCAGAGGCCGAUUCCAAGAAACCCAAGGCCAAUGGAAGCAUCACUUCAUUCUUUGGGGCCCCCAAAAGCAAACCCAGCGACCCAAAACCCACUUCGUCUUCAUCGAGCUUCAACAAGCAGAAAUGGGUCGACUCAUUGACUCCAGAACAAAAGGAGCUCCUCCAACUUGAAAUUGACACUCUCGACGAGAGCUGGCUGGCACAGCUUAAGGAGGAAGUCGUCAAGCCGGAGUUCCUGGCGCUGAAGCGCUUCCUCCAGAAGGAAAAGCAAUCGGGGGCUAAAAUCUUUCCUCCCGAAGAAGAUAUCUACUCAUGGUCUCGUCAUACGCCUCUCCACAAGGUGAAGGUGGUCAUCGUCGGCCAAGAUCCUUACCAUAAUUAUAACCAGGCUCAUGGUCUUGCAUUCUCCGUCCGCCCUCCAACUCCUGCCCCGCCUUCCCUCGUCAACAUUUUCAACGAAAUUCAUAAUGACUAUCCCUCUUUCCAACGACCCGCAAACAAGGGUGGCCUUCUCAUACCCUGGGCCGAGCGUGGUGUAUUAAUGCUGAAUACUUGCUUGACUGUACGCGCACAUCAGGCCGCUAGCCAUUCAAACAAGGGAUGGGAAUUGUUCACGCAGAAAGCCAUAGACUUGGUGGCCCGAGUACGGACGCGCGGAGUUGUUUUUCUUGCAUGGGGAACACCCGCAGGGAAGCGUGUGACAGGCAUCAAUAGAGCGAAGCAUUAUGUUCUGCAAUCGGUCCAUCCAAGCCCGCUAAGUGCGUCAAGAGGAUUCUUCGGAAAUCAACAUUUCAAAAAAUGCAAUGAGUGGCUUGCGGAACGUUAUGGUGCCGACGAAGUCAUCGACUGGUCAUUGACUUCGAAGAGCAAAAUCAGCUCACCUUUUACCACCAUCCAAAGCCCUGCUCUCACUGGUGCACCGAAAAAACCUAUCGCUAAGGAGUCAGAUGCUAGUUUGGUGAAGGAAGAGGUUUCCAAAACAACAGAGCCUGCCAAAUCUACCGAGGCCGUUGACGAGUUUGAAGACGAUCUCGAUGCGCUGGAAGCCCUAGCAGCAGCAGAAGUGACCAGGUAGAUGCUAACACUGGGUACUUCGUAAAAAUUUCAAGUCUCUUUCCCUCAUUGCAUCUCUAUUUCCACUGCUCAUAACCCGAAGGAGCUAAUAGAGUGAAGUCGUGAUUAAAAUCGAGCCACCGUUCUGGGUCAUCAAUCACGGUAUUAUUCACCGUGUCCGCUUGCGUGAGACUGAGACGGUGAUGAUGUAUGGUUUAGAUGUCAAAGUCUUAUUGCUCUUUUGCUCUUUCGACCCUGGUACACACUUCACUUGAAUUUGGGGGUCACGGUGUCGGGAUUAACAACUGUUGCAGUCAUUGACGUGCCGUCCCAGCCUUUGGUCUACGGCAAGAGUAAGAUUCAGUCAUCGGGCUCACCAGGGAAUGCUACACAUGGAUUUCCGUGGACUCCAGUUUCGGACAAGCCUGAGAUUCCAUUGAAUGAGGUAGACAAGUGUGGAGCAAAUUGUAUAUUCACUACAUUGGCCAUAUAGAAAUUGGUCAAUUUAGCUAACAAGGU